AUGAGGCUCACGCAAGCUUUCGUUGUCCUGGCCCUUACCCUACACGCCGUCUCGGCCGUACCAGUGCACGUCCCUUUCGAGGGCAUCGCAGAGAGAGACUACCAGAAUGGCCCUUCUGACGAAUACCAGACUCGCUCCACAAACGCCGGUAAUGAUGGUGACUCCAGUGAGGGUCGUCGAGAUGUUUACCUUCUCCGGUCCGCCCCCACCACAGUAGACGCAUCGCUCUGGUCUCGAGGCCUCGACCCCGUCGAAGAAGAGGACGAGGCAGAUCGCCGUGACCUGUCCGAGGCCGAAGAAGAUGAGGAGGCUCGAGACUCCGACGACGCUGAUGAGGCCGCAGUCGAACGUGGUGGUCUCUGGAGAUCCUUCAGGACCCGCAAGAGGAGGAAGCAGCUCAGGAAGAUGGGAAAGGGUAUUGCCAUGGGAGGCGCAACCCUUGCAAGUACAGCUCUCAUGGACCCCGCUAUGCUCAUGGACAUGGCUGGCGGUGGCGCUGCAAGCGAGGGCAUGGGCAUGGGCAUGGGCAUGAUGCGACGAUUCAAUCAAGGCGAAAGUGCUCAAGCUCAAGGCGAUGCCUUUGAAGAGCGAUCCUUCGACUCUAAUGAGGACGGCGACCUGGACGGUCGAGACUUCGACGAAGAUGAUGAAUCCGAGACUAGAGACUUCAACGAGGACGACGGCCUCGACGCUCGGGCCAGGCACCGCAUGUUCGGCAGAAAGUGGAGGUUGAAGCGCAAGAUGAAGCGUAACAAGGGCAAGAUCGGUCUCGCAGCCGGCGGUGUGGGCUUACUGAGUGCCGGUGCCGCCUACCAAGGUCUCGCUGGCGGAGGAGGCCUCAGCGACGCCUUCAUGAGCCCUGCAGCCCUGAGCCCUGCCGCUAUGGACCCUGCUAUGGGGAAGGGUGGGCCUGCUGGACCUGGUGGGCCUGUUCCCGCUGGACCUGGAGGCCCUGGACCCGCGGACCCUGCUAUGCUGCCCGCACGUAGCCUUGAAGCCGCCGAGGCUGAUGCUGACAUCUUUGAGGGUCGAGACCUCGACUUCGACACCGGCUAUGCUCUUCGAGACCUCGAGGAUGCUCCCACCUCCCAUACCGACCUCGACAAGCGUGGCUCCAGGCACGGCUCCGGACGCUUCUCCGGACGCUUCGAUAAGAGCUUCGGCUCCAGCUUCGGCUCCGGCCGUAGAAGUCGAAGCAGGAGCCGUAGCCGUAACUCUGGCAGCUUUGGCAACAUCCGCAGUUCCCUCAGUAGUCUCAGCAGUAGCUUUGGGCGUACAAAGAAGAAGUCCUUCUUGCAGAGGCACGGCAAGAAGCUUGCGUUUGGAACUGCCGCUGUGGCUGGUCUUGGUCUGACUGGAAUGGCUCUUCAGAAGUCCCAGGCUGCAGCCGCAGGAGGGGUUGGAGCUGGCCCGACUGACCCUGCUGCCGGUGGCGUGGACCCUGCCGCUGCCGGUGUAGACCCCGCUACGAUGGACCCUUCCAUGAUGGACCCUGCCACCGGAAUGGCUCCUCGCUCUCUCGAGUAUGGAGACUUCGAUGAGCGGGACUUCGCUGACCUCGACUCUGACCUUGUUGACGAGCGGGAUGAGGCCGACGACAGCUUUGAGGAGCGAGGUGAUGACGAGGACUCCUUUGACGAGCGAGACUUGCUCGAGGACGAGGAUGUGUACGAGAGGAGCCCUCCCAAGAUGUCUGAGAAGGAGCCGAUCUUGAUUUUGCUCUGA